AUCAGGCCCGCUCCAGUCGCCCGACGGCCGGGAGCGACCUGCCACUCGCCAGCUCCCAAACAAAUCACCUAUCCUUAAACAAAUACAGACAGCGUUCAGGCGUUCAGCUGCCUGCUCUACCGAGCCAACCUCAGUCGAUAAGAUACAGCCCGAGUGCAAACAUGCUCACAAACGUUGCUAUACCACUGUGAUACCGACACGAUACCAUGGCCAAAUCACUAGACGACGAUUCCAAGAAGCACAGCGAGGAAGAGGAUAUGGACGAUGACAGUGAGUCCAGCAAGCCGAUGGGGCGGGUGCAGCGGUGGAUGUUCAAAAUGCGCAUCAAUCCGAACUUAGUUAUGUUGAAAGUGACACUGUUUGUGAUGUAUGGAGCCACGGCUUCUCUGCUGCCCUACCUGACUAUACACAUGCAGAGCAUAGGGCUGACGGUACCGGAAAUUUCCUUCGUCUAUCUAGCUUUGCCGUUUACCACUUUUCUGAGUCCACCAAUUACCGGAUUCUUGGUGGAUCGUUUUGGCGAAUACAAGCCCGUGGUGAUUACUGCGUUGAUCCUGAAUGCUGUUUUUCACCACUCGCUGCUUUUGAUUCCCCAUCAAGAAACCCCUGGAGUGAUGCCUGCAGCGUACGUGAUGCGACAUCCGUUCAAGCACACCGUUGAGAUAUGGUGGAGUCCUUGUCCAAGUCGAGAGUGUCCUGAUGAGGAUGAGCAAGUGGACUUUGUGCUGGACAGAUGUGUGGACCACUGCAUGCUGUCGAUGACCAGCCCCACGGAGCGACCAGCAACAGACCCGGCCGAUGAUAAAGACGACAUCGAUGUCCACAUCUCCCACAAGAUCAAACCACCACAUCUUUCAAACAAUAGCAGUUUUAAUAUAACAGAUGAAGAUUAUACCGAUGCAGCUUUCUUUUUGAUUGAGGUUCAUGAUGAUUUAGGUGAGCCUAGUGAGCAACUAGGCAUUGAAAUGGAGAGAGAUGACAAUGAAACAGUAACUGAUUUUAAAUCCCGAUUCGGUGAGCCCUUACUAAUAGCUCAUGGUGUUAACAUCACUGCUUUGGACAAGGAAGACUUGAGAUGUGGAGGUUUAGUGAUGUUACAUAAUAUGACCAAGCUAUCCCAAAUAAGGCUUGAGUCCCUGUCAGCUGAUUGUAUGGUUCAGAGAUGUGAUUUCAGGAAAGGUGGUCCCGAUAUCUGUCCACCAGAUUAUAAAGAGAGCGAUGAUAAAACUUUCUAUAUUUACUUUUUCCUGAGAUUUAUGGGCACCAUCAUGUUGUCCGCCGGAGUGACGAUCAUGGACCCGAUCGCUCUGACCAUGAUACAGAAGUAUGGCGGGGACUUCGGACGAGAGAGGUUGUUUUCUAGUAUCGGGAUGGCAAUAUUUUCUCCUAUCACGGGCAUGCUUAUAGAUAUGAGGAGCAAACAAGUUGGUUACACGGACUAUUCAGCUGCGUUCUACACAUACGACGUUUUGCUCCUGAUAUCAGCUGUGACGGUGGCCGUGAUGCCUCUGGGCGCGAAACUACCUGCCGAUAAUUUACUCCAUGAUUUGGUCAACAUUAUCAAAAUGCCCCACAUAAUAAUAUUUAUAUUUUUCCUAUUUGCCUUAGGAAACUUUUGGGGAUUUAUCGAAUCUUAUCUCUUCCUGUAUUUAAAAGAGUUGGGAGCUCCUAAUUUUCUUCUAGGAAUAACCGUGACAGUGGGCACGUUGAGCAGCAUCCCGUUCCUGUAUGGGGCUGACGCGAUCACUCAGCGGAUCGGCCACGUCAACGUCAUCAUCGUUGCAUUCUUCUCCCACGCCGCUCGUCUAGUUGGCUACUCUUUUAUUGAAGACUCGUGGUGGUGUUUCCCAUUUGAAGCGAUGGAGUCUCUAUCUGUGCACCUGAUGUGGGUAGCAGCGGCCACCUACUGCGCCAUGCUGGCUCCAAAGAGUUUACUGGCCACGUUGAUUGGGGUCUUGGGAAUGGCUCAUUUCAGUCUUGGUCGAGGCAGCGGCAGUUUUGGCGGUGGUCUCCUGAUUGCCUCACUAGGUACUCGCGAGGCUUUCCGCUACAUGGGUCUCAUUGCCUUCCUCGGCGGGGUGCUGUACGGGCUGCUUCAUUACUUCUGGCUCAGGAAGAUCAUCAUUACCAAGGCUGUUGAUAACAGCGAGCAUGACAAUGAUAGCGGCGAAGGAGACAAGUUGAACGGGGAGCCUCUGAGGAAGGACGCGGAGACGAUGGUGUCCCUGGAGCGACUGCACAUGAUCACCAGGUUCAACCCACUCGGAUCCCUGCGCUCGUUGCCACGAGGGUCACGAGCUCGGCUCUCCCAAGGCGACAUAAACGAGCUCUGUCGCAGCCGCAGCGGCAGCAACAGCCAGCGCCGCUGCAGCAACAUCGAGAUAUCCCCCAAGACCCCCCGAGGGUCCGCCUCCAAGAUGGACCUGCUCAAGUCAGCCCUGGAGAUCAGCCACCACCAGGGCCGCAGCCACAUCUCCAACCCCGUCUUGUCUAGUCCCAAUCGACCUAGUGGUCAUUAUAAGCUUGCCAACAGCGCACCAAAGCUGACCCAACGCAACAACAUAUCCCAGCCCAUCCUAUCAGAGUUCGACCCUCGCCGCCGUGACUCCAUCCCUGAGGAGGCAGAGGAAGACAAGCUGGUGGCCACCUCCAAGCUGCCAGGCAAGACCAAGAGUGCCAACCUGCCGCCACCACCGAGCUACUACGAGGCCAUCAGCGAACAGCGGAAAAGUUGGCAUUCCGAUGACAGCACACCCACUUAGGGGUUAAGGAUUCUGUUCUCAAGGCUCAAAGGUUCUGAUUUGCAACUGCCGAUGUUUGAAAUCCGUAUCUCUUUGGAAUUUAUAUGAAUUUUCAAAAUUGGUAAUGUUUGUGCCUUCGGAAUGGAUGAGGGAUAAUUUUGAUUGCUAUUGUCAUAUUGGAAAGUUAGUGUUCAAUGUGUGGCUUCCAGAUUAUUUGGGGCGGAUUGGUGGACUAAUAAUCAAAACCCUGCAACAUGAAAAUAGUUUUUCAGUCACCUAUUUUAAUAAGGAUAUCGAUAAUUUAAUUAACGCUUUAAUUUAUUAUUUAAGUUUAGUUUUUAUCGCAAAUUAUACGCCAUUGUGAAGUUUUCAAAA